UGACUGUGCCACACACAACAGUCCAUGUGGAGAAGCCAGGCUGUCUGUGGUAUCCACUGAGGAGCCUGUCUACAGGCUGCACAGCUGAAGAUCAAGACAACAUCAUAGCUAACCAGCCGGUGGGCUAAGGGCCAAACAUAGCUAGAACAAAGCCUGGGCUAUCUGUAGGUUGUGAGGACAAUCUUGUCUUUUCUGCUGCAGAGUCCGCUAGUCUGAGGUAUGUGAACAGACAAAGGUUCUACCCCCACAAUAAGCAUCUCUGACGACAGUGCACCGACUCAGGGCUUGCCGAGAUCUAAGAUGAACAGUGUUGGAGGAACAACAUGAUUGUUUCAGAGACUCAGUAUGGUUCUGUGCUCAGUUGACCAGAAGACAACCUAGUACAAUGUUUAUAUGACAGCCCAUUACCAGGCUUCAGCCAGGCCCACAGUAGGAUGGUACCCCAGGGAGUAAAGGAGGCCUUCUGGCAGCUGCGACAAAGCUGUGUUCUGCUAUUAUUACUACAUCUGUUAGCUGGCAACUCUGCUACCACCAGUGCUAUCUGUCCAGAUGUGUGCGUGUGUUCUGGGGAUGGCCAGGACGCUGUAUGCCAAGAUGCACGGCUUGAUUCCCUCCCACCAGGCUUGUCUACCGAUCUCCGGACUCUCAGCCUGCACAACAACAGGUUCACUACCCAGCGCCUCUCGGGGCAGUUGGAGAAGUUCCCAGAGCUCUACAAACUGGACUUGGCUUACAACUCUAUCAGGGAGAUACCAUCCCACAUGUUAACUGCUCUCCCCAAACUUCACACACUCAGCCUGACUUCAAACCAAAUAACAACCAUACAUACUGGUGCAUUUACUAACCUGACAUAUCUUGAACAAUUGGAUCUUUCAAGCAAUCUACUUCAGCAAGUUGAUCAUACUAUAGGAAUUGAUUUACUCCAUGUUAAAUUAUUAAAUCUGUCCCACAAUAACCUUAACCAUUUAGGUAAUUUAACAUUCCAAAAUUUUCAAAAAUUAAGAGUGCUAGACCUUAGUUUUAAUCAUUUAGCCUUCCUGGACCCAGAUGCUUUCAGCGGACUCCUUAUGCUAGAGGAGCUCUACCUCCAGUGGAACAAAGUAGCCAACAGUUUUGAUAUAAUGUCCGAUUGGAGUCAGUCCUUGCCAAGCAUACUGCAAAUUGACAUAUCUCACAACAUGAUAGUAACUCUGGACAAUCACACAGUUCAGUCAAAUUUUGAAAUGCUUCAAUACUUAGACAUAUCAUACAAUGAUCUGGCAGCCCUGCCUGCUAACAUGUUCUCAAACUACUCUCAGCUGAAAGUGCUAAACUUGGGAAAGAAUCCCUUACAGAAUUUGACCGAUGAUGUCUUUGAAGACAUAUCACAGCUGGAAAAACUUUAUCUGGACAACUGCACCAGCCUUCGCUAUAUUCCGAACAAGUUAUUUGAGCCCCUGACUUCUCUACAAUAUUUAAACUUAAGUAAUAAUCCCCAGCUGGGCUACCUGGCCACCUCUACAUUUGAUGCCUUAGCCUCUCUAAGAGUACUGGACCUAAGCCGCAACAACCUGAGCUCCCUGCCAGAGGUGAUAUUCCAGCACACUUCCAGCCUCCAACAGCUGUAUCUCAGCCACAACCCUCUGACCUGUGACUGUAAUCUUGCCUGGCUCCUCCAGCUGAUGGAGUCCAGCAACACUGUCCUCAGUGAUCAGGCAGCCGUACGGUGCACCUAUACCAACAACUCCAGCCAGGCCCGACUGCAGGACCUCAGCAAAGAGAGUCUGGCUUGUGAGCCGCCCAUCCUGCUAUCUAAUGACACGGACGUGUACUGGCCAAUCGGAUCGUCAGCAUUCCUGUCAUGUGAUGUGUACUCCAUCCCAGCCCCCGUGAUAACCUGGAUAACACCCCGGCACCAGCGCCUGGUGUACCAUGACCAUCACCCACUGGCCACGGGGCACCUGCCCUCCCGGGAAGACGUAGAGCCAGGCUCCUGGUUUCACAAGAACCACCCUUGGCACUUUAGCUCGUCCUACUACUCCCAGCUGCCUGAGUCUGAGCGCAUCAUCCUCCUGGGUGACGGCACUUUGUUCAUUGACUACGUGCAGCGCCAUGAUGGCGGCCCGUAUCAGUGUAUUGUUGACCAUCCACAGGGUAACCUGAGCAGGGUGAUAACUCUGCACCUUGACCAUAAUGUGAUACAGAGCGUCAAGCUUAUGAGCAUCAUCGUAGGCCUUAGCUUAGCGGUCUCUUUCUUCACUAUUGCCACUGCCAUCUGGGUGAUCAAAGUGGCGGCCAACCGCUGCAUUAAUCAACGCAAGCGGGAAGCCAUCAAAAACAUUAUCGAUAACUUGGACGCUUACAAAACCCACCAAAUCGGGCGUAUUAAGGAAAUUAGUGCGAAUCAGAUGGGGAAAUUCAGAGAUCAGUACCACUUUCAGCUGGAGAGACUACGGGAUAAUUACAACCAGCAAAUGUACCGCAUUCGUGAAAACUGUGCUCAACAAAUGGACAAAAUUCGAGAUAAUUAUGCCACCCAUGUUGGAAGGAUAAAGGACUAUAGUUCAAACCGGCUGGAGAGGCUGAGAGACAACUACAACGCCCAAAUAAUACGCAUCAGGGAGUAUGGCUCCCUUCAGCUGGAGCGCCUGCGGGAGAAUUAUAAACUCCAGCAACAGCAUCUUAUAAAACUUUUGGAGACAAUGAAUUUCGACACCUGCAAAACUGUGAUAGAAACUGACUGUGUUCGAGCAGAUUCCAUGCUGUUCGACUCUGAAGUCUUUGUGGAGCCUAUGGUCGACUUGCCUUACUUGCUAGAGACUGACCCACCCUCUUGUACUGGGAGUGAGCUGGACUAUGUAACAGCCUCCAGUAACUCAGAUAGUUUGUCCAACACUAUGGACACAUGCAGUAGCCUUCAUGAUGUGGAGGACAAUGCUUUCAAGCCAAGUGCAAUGCAGCUUCUGCCGGGUCUGGUGAUCCAAAUGCCCCAUGAACUCUGCCCAGACAACCCCGUGGAGCUGUCACCUGACCUCAUCUUACCUCCUCCUCCCAUUUUGGAACUACCGUUGCCAAGUAGCCUGCCCUCAGGGGGAGCUGCCGAGUCGGACACGCAGAGUGAGACAGAGAGCUGUCACCGGGAACAUCACCGCAAGCCCCACCACAGGCGUAGGAAAGUGAAACACAGGCCUAAAGGAGUAGAGACAACUGUUGUGGUAGAGGCUGCGGCCCUCCUCCAAACUGCCCAGAAUAAAGACCAGUCCGAGGAUCAAGGUGGUCAACACGGCUCUGACAAGGGGCCUGGCCAGAGCACUGAUCCGUUACUGACCAGUGUCCCUAUCAAUACAGGGGACAGUGCUGUGUUGGUCGUUGACAGCAGUCAGUCGUCUGACAAGCUCCACCCACUGUCUCAGAGUUUUGGGCCCGAAAGAGAAUCUAUCGUCUGAUCUGGGCACAGCCACACUACAGUGUUGUAAAACUAUGAGUUCAAACAUUUGUGAGACCACGUUCCUAAAGGCUCCAAAAUCAGUGAACUAUUUUUGUAGAUCAUUUAUGGAAUUAGUUCCUCACAAACCCUAUUUUCUGUACCUUUUCGCACAUAAAGAGGAGCGGCAAACUUCACGUGUAUUCUGCAGUGAAUGACCUUUUUCUGGUAAUUUUUUAACAGCACUGCCUAACUUUUAGUGUUUAACAGGCGUGUAGAAGUUCUAAAUGUGAACAAUUUUCAAAGAAUAUGCCAAACUGUAAGGUGUGCUAAUGUGUGAAAAGGUAAGAAGAAUAGGGUGAAAUAAUUUAUUCAAGGCACAUUUGUGAUUCUAGCAAAAACCUGUCCAUGGAUGAUGCGUGUUUUGAAACCAUGAAUAGAAGUCAAUAUAUAUACACAUUUACACUGACUACAUUUACAUUCUGUAUGUAUUUGUGUUUGAUGAUUAUCUUAUAAACACUGAUAGCUACUUAAGCAAGCGGAAGCAUCUUGCAUGUUGGUGUAUGUGAUUAAGUGCCAUUACUAUGUGCCCGAUUCACACGUCGUGUUGUCUCCCUUAGUUGAGUUGACUAAUGUUUGUUAAACUUCUGUACCAAAAGAUACAGUGCAAGGCAUGCACUUUACAAGGUUCACAUCUGCUAUCGUUUUUUUUCUCCAGUUUGUGCUUAAAAGGAUAUUUUUGCACUGUACUGAUUUGCUUCUACUUUGGUGCUUUUUGUUAACUUACUCAACAGCUUGUACGUCUACUUCUUUAGAUGGUUUAACUGCCAUAUUUUUAUUUUGGACUUAAGAUUAGACCUUCGUUUACUUCACAGUUUUUUUUUGUUGACUUUCCUCAAAGUUCUGUACCAACUUACGCCAAAGUUUCUCUGUCAGCUUGCACCAGAGUGUCUAUGCUGGCUUAUUUCAAAGCCUAAUAAAUUUACAUUGUAGGCUAUGUAUGCACUCUUUAUAUACAAAAGGUUUAAAAAGCAUAUUCAAGCAACUCAACUAUUUGUCUUCACUACAUACAACUCUAGACAUUAAAAGCAAUGACCAGGCGAAAAAGCAUAAAAAAGAAAACAAAAAGUGUCUAUGUACUGUACAUGUUGACACACAUUACUUUAUGUUAUUAUUCACAUUUCUUAAGCAAAUAAUUUAAAUUAAAAAAAAUAUAUAUAUGGAUACCCAGCUUACUGUUAAAUGUCAAUGUAACCACCACCUUUGUGCCAUUUUCAUGAUAAAGUGCUAAUACUCAAGACUCUAGUCAACUGCUUGGUAUCUAGUCAGAAAACUAUAUACUACUGAUGUGCAUCUUGAUGAAGUCCUGUGCAAUUAUUUACAGCUUUGAUAUAAUGAUGUGUGUAUUUAUGGAAAUUUGAAUGGUGUUAAAGCAUGAAUAAGUUGCAAUAUUUAAGCAAGAAUGAUAAGUUAUUUUUACAGAUUUUUUUUUUUUUUGAGAUGUAUUUCUGUAUAAUAUGACAUAUGGCAUCAACAGACAGUUUACUUUCCUUUCCAGCCUAUACACAUGUACUUAGUCUUACAUGAAGGAGUUUAUGUAGAAUAUGUGUUAUUCCACACAGGCAAGAGCUGGAUAUCUCUUGAAGUAAAUAACAUGACAUUGAAUAAGUGCUGAAGGACACUCGAUUAUGUCGGGUUCAAGUCUCGGGAUGACAUCAUGCACAAUGUAGACAUUGUGUCGUUUGUCAGCACUCUUCUUGAUAUAACAUGAAAACAUGCCAGGCUGGGUUAAAAUACCAAAACUUUGACUGAUACAGCACCAAUGGUUGUGAAGUAAACAAUACCCUUCUCUUUGUGGUUCCCAGAUGAGCAUGAGUUUGAAUGACCUUUGUCUAGGCAUUAAAAUCCUGCCAACCAGGGUUGUCUGGCCUUUGCUAUAGGACUUCACCAUUUUGUACAGCACAGCAAGGUAUGAAUGGUAUAAAUGAACAAACAGCUAUUGUCACCAUUCUUCAUUUGUUUUAGGCAUCCUAAAAAGAAAAACAAGUUUUGCCUAAUCCUAUGAGUUAAAGAGUUUGUUUGAAAUUCUUCAUUCAAUCCACUCCCCUGGAUCCAGAGUUGUGAUGCAUGAACUAUUGUCCAUCACAAAUUGGAUGCUUUUUCACACAACAUGUAAAUGUUUUUCUCAUUGCAAUAUUUCAACAUUUUGUUUCUACAUAUGUUACACAGAAAAAUUCACUUGGAAUACCCUGAUAUUACCAGUUUACUUUACUCAUUCAACCAAGAAAUCCUUUUAAUGGAGAGAAAACAGGAUGAUGAUGCUACAAAGUGUUAUGAAGUGUGUGUACAUAAACUGUAAGUAUGAAAGGAGAUUAAAGAAAUUUGAAUAAAAACACUUCAUUAUUGUGUUUUCUUGCUU